UUCCCUGGUUCGUGCCGUCAAUCGCAAGAAGAAGAGCUUUAUUUACAUUGAAUGGGAAGGUAGCCUCAGAGUAGUACUCCGAAACAGUAUAGCCUAUUAACGAAUUGGUGUCUCCAGUUGAGAAGUAAAGUAAAUCAUCUGCGAAGUGUAUUCUGAUCAUCCGCAUCAUGUAUGCAUCUGCCUAGAAGUCAAAGAGGAAGACCUAUUUUCUCGAAAAUAAAAAGCUUGCCCUGAAGUUGAAGAUGAAGGAAGGAGCAACUUCCAUUUGGCAGCAGUCAGCAACUUGAAAUCUGUCAUUUUUGAACAUGAAUGAACGUGCUGGACAGAGAAACUGAGACAAGCGCUCGUAACCAAGUUAGUCAGGCCUAACAGGAGUGAAGACACGCAUGAUCUGCCAGUCCCCGAAACCUCAAAUGGUUCACAAAGCCUUCCUUCAGCAGAAGAACUCUUCACGGAGGAUGAGGUGGUACAAUGGAUGUGAUCAACCAAUGAAGAAGAUCAGAAGGCAGCAACAGAAUAAGACCUUCCCACUUUUAGGAGGGACAUCUCUUUGGAAGAUGUCUACUGAGGAGCAGAGAAAGCAGUUAGAAGGAACAGAGCAUCUAGAGGAUGAGGUUGUAGGCCUUACCAAGCUGUGGGUAAGAAAGGCUUCAACAUCAACACUUCGCCUCAACACCGCAAGAUGAGACGGGGAAGAGUACAAGUUAUCUUGCAGAUGGUCCUGGUGGCUUCUUCGAGACGGGGAAGAGUACAAGUUAUCUUGCAGAUGGUCCUGAUGGCUUCUUCCUUCAGCAGUUUUGUUUUACCAUAGUGAUGAAACAAAUUCGAACAUAAAGGCCUGGAAGCCAAGCUGCAUAUAACACACUUGUCUCUUGAGGAUUUUUCAACUUCAGCAUUCCUGUUAUUUUACUUCAUUUACUUUUAAUGAAUGUGAGAUGUAAUUUGGAAGUACAAAAAUUUUCUUUUAUUUCAAAUGACAAAAAAUAGUACUCUCAUGGUAGGCAUUAUUUCCAUGUUUUAGCUGGCCUUAAUAACUUUUGAAAUUAUUUUGAAUGUUCUGAUUUGUAGAUUACAGUAAAUAUAUUUGAGGGGAAGGUGCUGCAGGUGGCUGUAGAUAAAGAAUUACAUUCAGUAAUUGUUUUAACCAAAUUACAAAAUAUCUAUUUAUUAAACUGUACUGCAUGAGGUUUCCAUAAAGAUGAUUUGAUAAUAUAGCCAUGAUGGAAGAAUUGCACUUACAAAAACUACACAGUUGUGAGGGAUCGCCAUCAGAAAAUCAUGGAACUUCUGAUGAUAUUAGAACUAAUGAAGAAGUGAUAGUUACUAACAUUUCAAGUGAUGCUGAGGGUUACUGUACCUCAGUUUCAAAGAGUGCAGAAGUCAUGGGAGAAAGAAUUAGUGGCUGUGACUGUGAACCUAGCAAUACUCGAAGAAGUAAAGGAAAUGUAGCAAAUAUCAGUGCCAUCUCUACCGUUUGUACCAUGAAAAACACGAGGGACUUCAUAGAGUUAACCGAGAAAAAUGUUAAUCAGAUGAUAGAAAAGAGUGAAAAUAAGGAGGACUUGUUGAAUAAUAGUAUUGGCAAUGAAGAUUUAGAAAGUAAACUCAUCAUCUUGAGUGGUGAGGAGGGAGAACCUUUAACAAAGACCCAUAACCAUAAAAUUGAAUCCUGUCAUAAGGUUUUUAGUGAAAAAUGUGAGAAUGAAGACAAGGGGGAUAUAAGUGAACAAGGCAUAAAGACAGAUGAAUGUAAUAAUAACUGUAAAACUGAUGUUGUUACGGGAGAAAAUGCAGACGAUGGUCUUCAGGCAAUUUCUAAGUCAGAACCAAAUUUUGAACUAUCUAAUUUAGAAAUUAGGUCGUCACUUAUCAAUAAAGAGCAACACUCAGAAACUUUAGUUUAUAAUGAAGUAAGCAUGUUAUCAUGUGCAAGGAAAGACAACUCAGGGGACCUUUCAGAAAUUCUGGAAAUUAACAAGAAUUUAGAGAAUAAUAUAUCUAAUCAUCCAGAAUCUUUAAAUCAAAUUAAUUUGAAAAAAAAUCCACCAUUUUUUAGCUCCACAAAGACUCUAACACCAAUUGCUCCAAAGCCAUCAAGAAUAAUACCAGGAACCAUUAUAGCACCAUUUACAAUAACUCCAUUGAAUCCUCCUCCUCAGAAUACAUCAUCCAGCAGUGCUCCAAAUGUAAAGACAGGUCGGAAAUUACGUAAGCCCAAAACAUUUCGUUAUUACAGGUGUCCACAGUGUUCCCAGUUAUUCAAAUUAAAAAGUCAUUUUACAACACACAUGAUGAGACAUUCAGGUGAGCGUCCCUUCAGCUGUCAUUUAUGUGAUAGGUCAUUUCUGUUGAUGGGUGAAUUAAGUGUUCAUAUACUUCGCCAUACUGGUGAACGGCCUGCAAAGUGUUCAUAUUGUGAUAAAGACUUUGUUCGAAACACGGAUUUAAGGGUUCAUAUGCGUACCCACACAGGUGUUCGUCCUUUUAAGUGUAAUGAGUGUUUUAAAGCUUUUACUACUAUGCAAACAUUAAAGAAACACAUUCUUGUUCAUACUGGGGAGAAACCGUAUAAAUGCACAAUUUGUAAUAAAUGUUUUACACAAAACAGUGGUCUUAAAAUGCAUAUGUUGAUACACACAGGUGAACGUCCUUACAAGUGUAAUAUUUGUGCAAAAGAUUUCCCUCGGGGAUGCGACCUGAAAGUUCACAUGCGUAGUCAUACGGGAGAAAAGCCUUAUAAAUGCCCAACAUGCGGUAAAGAUUUUGGUCAAACUGGUCAUCUAAAAGCACACAUGUUAAUCCAUACCGGAGAACGACCUUACAAAUGUACUCAAUGUGAUAAAGCUUUCAUAAAAAAUGGAAGUUUGAAAACUCAUAUGCUUGAACAUACAGGAGAAAGACCUUACAACUGUGAAAUAUGCACCAAGAAAUUUACAAGAGUAGAUGGUUUGAAGUCUCAUAUGAUGAUUCAUUCCCAGAAUAAACCCUUCAAAUGUCCCCAUUGUGGAAAAGGAUUCACUAAGAGCAACAAUCUAAAGACCCAUAUACUUACUCAUACUGGUGAACGUCCCCACAAGUGUGAAGAAUGUGGUAAAGACUUUGCUCAUAAAGGGGAUUAUAAGCUUCACAUGAAAUUGCACACAGGGCAGGAACUUUUUAAAUGUAGCUUCUGUAAAAAAGACUUCACAAAAUUUAGCUAUUAUAAAGUUCAUGUACGAGGUCAUACUGGAGAGAAGCCAUAUAAAUGUACCUUGUGUGAUAAAGCCUUUACUAGUAAUGGUAGUCUUAACUCUCAUAUGCUUAUUCACACGGGGCAACGUCCUUAUAAAUGUAAAGUGUGUUCCAAAGCUUUCACACACAAUGGUAACCUCAAAACUCAUAUGUUAAUUCACAGAGGAGAAAAACCAUAUAAGUGUAAUGUUUGUGGUCAAGAUUUUGUGCAAAAUGGUAGCCUUAAAACACACAUGCUUAUACACACAGGUGAAAAGCCAUUCAAGUGUAAUAUUUGUGGGAAGGCCUUUAUUCAGAAUGUAAGUCUCAAAACACACAUGCAGAGGCACACUGGGGAAAAGCCUUUCAAGUGCACAUCUUGUGACAAAGCAUUUGCCCAGAAGGCAAGCUUGAAGACACAUUACCUCAUUCACACUGGAGAGAAGCCAUUUAAAUGCUCAAUAUGUGGUAAGAAAUUCAAUCAGAAUGUCAGCCUUAAGCGCCACUUGCAGAAGCAUACAGGUGAGAAGCCAUAUAAAUGCAGUGUUUGCAACAAAGAUUUUAAAGUUAACAAAUCCCUUAAAAAGCACAUGGCCACUCAUACAUGUGAAGCUGUCACUGUAGAACCUCAUGUGAAACAUUCACAACAGCAGCAACAACCACAACAACAACAGCAGCAGCAGCUGCAUCAUCAGCAACAGCAGCAACACCGACACCAACAACCGCCACCGCAGCAGCAGCAGCAGCAGCAGCAGCAGCAACAGCAACAGCAACAGCAGCAGCAGCAGCAGCAGCAGCAGCAGCAGCAGCAGCAGCAGCAGCAGCAGCAACAGCAGCAGCAGCAACAGCAGCAGCAGCAGCAGCAGCAGCUGUUGCUUCCACAUCACCAACAGCAGCAACAUAUCCAUCAGACACAGCAACAACUUAUGCUGCUUCAGCAUCAGCCACAGCAACAAAUGAUGCCUUUAUCAAGUGAAAUUCACAUACAUAGGGAUAAAAUGCUUCCGACUGGUUUGCAAGUUGAAGGAGAGAAAAUGGACCUGACAGGAGUAAACUUAGAACGAGAAAAAUCUCUCGUCCAUCUAGGCGUCCACAUGGAAAGGGAUAAGAUGACUCAUGAUGGAAUGCAGCUUGAAAGGGAUAAAAUGCAUCACCAUGGGAUGCAAUUUGAACAUCCUAAGAUGAAUGUUAAUGAAUUGCAUCAUCUUGAGAAGAGGCAGGUGAUGGGACAUGGAAGUGAAAUGACUCAUGAAAGAGAGAAGAACAUCCCUGUACGGUCAUUAGAGUAUGACCUUAUGGGUGGAGGUUCAUUAAUGAAUCUAUGCAAGUUCAGGUUUCAUCGACAACCGCAUUACCAAGGAUUUAUUCAGAGACCAGGUCUUCCAGUAGACCCUAUGGUUUCACAGAUGCAACGACCAACACCUAAUUAUGAUGUUAGUGAAGUGAGAUAUUGGUCACAAGAAAGAAAGUAGUUAUUUACAAUGUGAGAUAUGCAGUAUUUACUAUUGUUUCCUAAAUAAAUUUUUACUCUAUCUUAUCUUAUAACUUACCUAAUUCUUUAUAUACUUUAAUAAUGUUUCAUCAUUUACUUCAUACUUUAUAAUUAUAUGGUGUUCUAUUUCAUUAACUGUAAAAAUAUGAUGAAAUAUGUUGGAAAUGGCAGUUAUUAGGUUGUCUGGCAUUUAUGACAAAUUAAAAAAGUUUUUAAGUAGUUAUAAGUCUUUAUCUU